AUGUCCAAGUCCAACCCAGAUCUCCAGGAUCCCCAUGUCCAGGUAGGACCCACAAGUCUGGGUCUAGGUAGGACCCAUGUGUCAGGGUCUGGGCAGUCGCACCUCCUUCCCCCCUCCCUCCUCUCGAGCAGGAUCCUGCUGACGGUGGUGGUGAUUUUCCGUAUCCUGAUCGUGGCCAUCGUGGGAGAGACGGUGUACGAGGACGAGCAGACCAUGUUCAUGUGCAACACGCUGCAGCCUGGCUGCAACCAGGCGUGCUACGACAAAGCCUUCCCCAUCUCCCACAUCCGCUACUGGGUCUUCCAGAUCAUCCUGGUCUGCACCCCCAGCCUCUGCUUCAUCACCUACUCCGUCCAUCAGUCGGCCAAGCAACGGGAACGGCGCUACUCCUUCCUCUACCCACUCUUGGAACGGGACGGUCGUGAAACCAAGAAGACCAAGACGAUCAAUGGGGUGCUGGCACCCAGCCCGGAGGUGGGCUGCAAGGAAGAACCCGACUGCCUGGAGGCAAAGGAGCUACCCGGCCCGCCGCCGCGACCCCCCCGCAGCUCCAAAACCAAACGACAAGAAGGCAUCUCCCGUUUCUACGUCAUCCAGGUGGUCUUCCGCAACGCCCUGGAGAUCGGUUUCCUAGCUGGGCAGUAUUUCCUCUACGGAUUUAACGUGCCGGCCAUCUUCGAGUGCGAUCGUUACCCUUGCGUCAAAGAGGUGGAGUGUUACGUCUCGCGACCCACCGAGAAGACCGUCUUUUUGGUCUUCAUGUUCGCCGUCAGCGGUGUUUGCGUCCUCCUCAACCUGGCCGAGCUCAACCACUUGGGUUGGCGCAAGGUCAAAGCUGCCGUCCGGGGGGUGCAGGCGCGUCGCAAAUCCUUGGUGGAAGUGCGCAAGAAAGACCUUUCCCCCCCAGUCCCUGCGCCUGCGCUUGGCCGGACACAGUCCAGCGAGUCCGCCUAUGUCUGA